AUGAAAAGUAAUGACAUCCUGGAAGUGGAGGCGUAUACUGAGCUAUUGGGAAAGGGUAAACAUACCGGGCCCGACACCGGUCCCAAUCUAUGGCAACGUAUUGGCGCUGAGUCUAAAUCCCAGACCAUAUUUGGAGCUCAAGUGUGUGCGCAGAAAUUACUCCUAACUACUUCCUCACAUCUGACCCUUGUGUUUGUACACAUAUACAGAAAGCCCAGUUUGCGUGUGGCGGAGCCGGCGCUAGUCAAACAAAUCCUGGUCCAAAAGUUUACCUUGUUCAAAAACCGUGAGGCACCUAGUUGCAGCAAAGCUACCCUGAUGUCCAAAAUGCUUAUACGGGCCCCGUAUGAGGACUGGCGCCGCAUACGAGCCAUAGCGGGGCCCGCAUUCACCGGCGGUAAACUUAAACGCUUGUACCCACUCAUUGACCGGUGCUGUCGAGAUUUGGUAGACAGACUGGACAGUCGGGUCGCCGCCAACGGGUCGCCGGUAGGGCUGCGGCCUUUGAUUAGCGAGUAUAUAAUGAGUGCUUUGGGUCAAUGCGCGUUUAGCACCAAGGUCAACACCGAUCCCACCCACUUGUUCACCACCGAACCGGAGGGUUAUCUAUCUGUGUCCCUAUUGAAAGUACUGGUGGCCAAUGUUUUACCCGCGUGUUUAGUUGAUAACCCUGUGGCCAAUAGUCUGGCCAAAUGGUGGCACUCGGACUACUUGUAUCACAGGGUAUUCACCGCCGGUCUGAUGGCUGACCGCCGGUGCGACGACGCGGACAAACGCCACGAUUUCCUACAGUUCCUAAUGAAAGGCAGUCACCGGACCGACGGUGCGGCCCAUCCGGACGUCACCGGCAUUACCGACGAAGAGAUCUUUGCCCAGUGUUUCCUGUUUUUCAUCGCCGGUUACGACCCGACGGCCAACACUGUGUCGCACGCGUUGCUAGAGUUGGCACUCAAUCCCGAUAUACAGGAACGGCUCCGGGAGGAGACAGCUAUGAAUGGUAACCGAGACAUGAAUUAUGAGAUACUUUCACGACUACCACUGCUCGACGCCGUCGUAUCGGAAACCCUACGAAAGUAUCCGCCAUUAGUUCGAGUGGAGAGGGAGGCCGUGGAGGACGUGGUGCUCACCGACGAUACCCAGGGGUUGAGUGUGAGGGUUGAGAAGGGAGUGGUAGUAGAGGUCCCGGUGUAUGCCAUACAUCACGACCCCGAUUACUAUCCCGACCCGUUUGCUUUCAAACCCGACCGAUUUUUGCCCGAAAAUCGCCAUAACAUCAAACCCUAUACAUACCUUCCCUUUGGCGACGGACCCCGUAAUUGCAUUGGUAUGCGCUUCGGUCUGCUGAUGACCAAAUUGGCCCUGGUCAAUAUUAUACAACAUUUCCAUUUAUAUCACGUAACUGAUGCCAAUGCGAGUGUUAAAUUUAAGCGCGGUAAUUUUGUGGUGCAGUCAGAAAUGAGUCAAGUCGGCUUUAAAAGGGCUGUUCAAAUGGGUGCUUACUGA